CUCCGUGACCCAGUUAGAGGUACAGCAAGCUACGCUUCUGUCUCAAUCGUUUCACAUUUGGGGGAGACUCUGCCGUGAAAGCAACAAUGUCUGACUGCAGGAGGCAGUGGAACCGGGAGGAUGAGCUGCCGGUCUACCUGGCUGGGCCGAUCACCACCGGGUCGAACCAAAGGAAAACCUACGGAAUGUUCAGCUCCGUGGAGGGAGCGUUUGAAAGCAAGACUAUAGACUUCGAUAACUACGCGGUUGGGAGGAAAGGCAGCCGCACCCCGAGAAGCGGGAGCCGAGAGAGGGUUUUGGAUGCUGGUGAUCCCGUUGGCAAGACGUCCAGCGAGGCACGGGAGGGGUCACUGACCAACUCUCCCGGCGAAACGGACGAUCAACAAGCAGGUGUGGAGGUCAGAUAUUCAUCGGGGAAGGAAAGCCCAAAUGGGGAGAGUGAAAGGCUGUUGAUCAAAGGAGGGCGGGUGGUCAAUGAUGACCAGUCUCUCUACGCAGAUGUCUACAUUGAGAAUGGACUUAUCAAGCAGGUGGGGGAGAAUCUGGUUGUACCUGGGGGUGUCAAGGUGAUAGAGGCUAAUGGCCGAAUGGUGAUACCGGGGGGGAUAGAUGCCAACACCUGUCUGAUGAAGCCAUACCUGGGAAGACCGCCUGCUGAUGAUUUCCUCCAAGGCACCAAGGCUGCACUCGCUGGGGGCACCACCAUGAUCAUUGACCAUGUAACCCCGGAGCCCGGAGAGAGUCUACUGCAGGCGUUUGAGUGCUGGCAGGAGGCUGCGGAUAAAAAGGCAUGUUGCGAUUACUCCCUGCACGUAGACAUCCCCCAGUGGGAUGAGAAUGUUAAAGAUGAGUUGGAGCUGCUGGUGCAAGAGAAAGGUAUCAACUCCUUCCAAGUGUACAUGGCCUAUAAGGAUACAUAUCAGAUGACAGACUCUGAGCUGUAUGAGGCGUUCUCCUUCCUGAAGCAGCUGGGUGCCGUGGUUUUAGUUCAUGCUGAAAAUGGAGACCUGAUUGCUAAAGAACAGAAGAAAAUCCUCGGAAUGGGAAUCACCGGACCCGAAGGCCAUCCGCUGAGUCGUCCUGAAGAGCUGGAGGCUGAGGCGGUGUUCCGUGCCAUCACUCUUGGUAACCGUGUGAACUGUCCUAUCUACAUCACCAAGGUGAUGAGCAAGAGUGCAGCUGACACUAUUGCCCAGGCCCGUAGGAAAGGUUAUGUCGUUUUUGGGGAGCCAAUUACAGCCAGUCUGGUCACUGAUGGCUCUCACUAUUGGAGCAAGAACUGGGCCAAAGCGGCUGCUUAUGUGACAUCUCCACCUUUAAGUCCUGACCCCACAACCCCAGACCACCUCAACACACUGCUGGCUUGUGGGGACCUGCAGGUGGUGGGCAGUGCUCACUGUGCGUACAGCACUUCCCAGAAGGCAAUCGGUAAAGAUGACUUCACUCUGAUCCCAGAGGGGACAAACGGAGUGGAGGAGAGAAUGGGUUUCGUCUGGGACAAGGCCGUGGCCAUGGGAAAAAUGGAUGAAAACCAGUUUGUGGCAGCCACAUCUACCAACGCUGCAAAAAUCUUCAACCUGUACCCUCGCAAAGGGCGGAUAGCGGUGGGCUCUGACGCAGAUAUUGUCAUCUGGGAUCCAAACAGUACCAAAACAAUCACUACAAAACUCCAGCAGUCGACUUCAGAAUACAACAUCUUUGAGGGUAUGGAGUGCCGUGGGGGUCCAGCGCUGGUGUUGAGUCACGGACGAGUUGUUUAUGAGGAAGGCAAGGUGCAGGCCCAGCAAGGCACCGGUCGAUUUAUUCCCCGCAAGCACUUCCCAGACUACGUUUACCAGCGCAUUAAAGUCAGGAACCAGGCAAAGAAUCAGCAGGGCGUUAUUCGUGGGUUGUACGAUGGCCCCGUAUAUGAUAUGGUUCCAACCCAAACAUAUAUUACUCCUUCUCCUUCAGCCAGAACUUCACCCACUUCUCACCAACCACCACCAAUACGCAAUCUCCACCAGUCCAACUUCAGCCUAUCAGGGUCUCAGAUUGAUGACAUCCUCCCUCGUAGGUCUGGCCAACGCAUUGUAGCACCCCCUGGUGGUCGCUCCAAUAUCACCAGCCUUGGUUAAAGUGGUUGUUCUGAGGUUUCACCUCUUGUGUGUGUGUGUGUGUGUGUGUGUGUGUGUGUGUGUGUGUGUGUGUGUGUGUGUGUGUGUGUGUGUGUGUGUGUGUGUGUGUGUGACUGAGAGUGUGAGCACACUGACAUGAAUGAAUACCGUUGUACUUUUUGGUACAAUGAUGACACACUCGUAUUAGACCAUUAUGAUUUGUAUCAGUUUUCCUUGAGUCAAUGGUCGCAGAGAAGAAGCACAUGAUACUUCAAUUAACCUUAGAAUGUGAUUUACAAUCAACCAAGUCAUUCAAAAAUUCAUGGGCUCACAAUCUGGCACUCACACACACACACACACACACAC